AUGCAAACACGUUCAACAUUAGAUACAAGUUCAAAUAAUUUAUUUACAAAUAUUGAACGGUUAGGUACAUGUGAUUUAUUAUCCUAUGGACAACUUUCAUAUGAUACUAUAUUAACAUCAAUCCAAAUGUUAAUAUUUUCACGUAUUUAUACAUUAUUACAACGACCAAAUAAAAAUACAAAUUCAUUAAAUAAUGAACAUGUUAAUAAAGAACAAACAAUAAUUGAUAGUUUAUCAAUAAUAUCAUCAUCAGAUAAUAUUCUUAUUGAAAUUGUUGAAGAAUUAUAUGAACGUACAAAACAAUCAUCAACAUUACUAUAUGAAGCUUUACUUUUAUUACGUCCUUUAUCAUUAUUACUUGCACACAUUAGUUUUUUUUUCGUGCUUUAA